AUGCGUUACUCAUUCACCAUUGCGGCCCUCAGCCUUCUCUCAUCGGCUUUUGCAAUCACUAUAACCACCCCCUCAUCAGAUACGGUGUGGGACUUUUCCACUGCCAAAACUAUCAAGUUCACUAGCGACUCCAGUGAUCCUUCAGUAGUCAGCAUCAUCCUUCGAAGUCAAGAUGGCUCCUUCCAGACCAAAUUGGCGGACAACGUCAAAACCUCUAACGGCGAAUACACGACUCAACCUAACCCUAGCAUUUCCAAUGGAAAUGACUACGAGAUCCAGAUAAUUGAUUCCGCUGGCCAGCUCGCCGUCAGUGACAUUUUCACUGUCAAGAAGGGUGCUUCGGAUGAUGGUACCACAUCCUCCUCUUCUACCAUCUCUACCACCUCUUCUUUGUCCAGUACGACCACUUCUACGACGGUCACCUCUACCAUUGCAUCCUCGGCAUCCUCAACAACCACGCCACCUGCAUUGACUAGCUCCACAACCUCUACCACCACCACCUCCUCAUCCUCAUCAUCACUCACCACGUCUCCUACUACGACGACGUCGUCGACCUCGUCCGAGGAUUCAUCCACCAGUACCUCCGCCUCCCCUCUGUCUUCGGCUGGUGCCGCGUCGUCUCAGUCGAGCGCCCCCAAAGGAGUCGUGGCUUUACUCGGUGUUGCUUUUGCGCUCUUCUACGUCUAA